CUUCUUCACUCACUUUCAUAUCAUAAAUACUUCCAAAUAAUCAUUUCGUACGAUAUUCUUGAGCCAAAUCUGAGCGAAGAGUUUAAUUGUAUAAAAAAUUGUUUGAAACGAAAGUAUCAUUUGUUUGGACAUUAUAUUCACGGUUUAGAAGAACUCCGAGAGCUAUAAAAUGGCGAAGAAGUUGAAGAGAUUCCUAAUAGUGUUGGACGACGAGUCUCUCCUCUACUUUCCCGGAGCUUUCUUGACUGGAAAGGUGUUACUCGAACUCGAAGAAGACACCCCUGCCAUCGGUCUUUACUUUCAUAUCGUCGGUGAAGGAGUCGUCAGACUAACCAAUAAAGGAAGGGUGGACUCAACCGACAAAGAAAAUUAUAUUGACUUUCGUAUGAGGCUUUUGGGCGACAGUUCCGCUAAGAGUGAAAGUGGAAGUGUUUUCAACGGCUCGACUGUAAAUAGCGGCAGAAUCUUAGUCUUAUCUCCCGGAGUGCAUACAUUUCCUUUUAAGUUGGGUUUGCCAUUAGGUCUUCCCUCGACUUUUUUGGGAAAACACGGUUGGGUU